AGCCGCCCGCCCGCAUUGUUGUUGGGGGGAAGGCGAAGCCCUGCAGCAGCUGCUCAUCGUUUACGGGGGGAAAGAGGACACCAUUCCUGCCUUUGAAUGGCUUUUAAACCUAGUUUUCCCCCGCGGAACACGGUCCGGGAGCCGUAGUCUCGGCGCUCAGGGCAUAUCCCUGCUCCCCUCAGCCAGAUUCAGCGGUGGAGAGCUCAGACUGCGCCCUGUGGAUGAGAACAUUGUGUACGGGAUCCCAGCCGCCGCCGAGCAGGCCGUAUCGCCAUUGCUUUCAGGAGCUGCUGCCGCCUCUCUUUUCAACCAGAAGCAACGGGGCUGUGAGCUUUUUAAGGUUCCACAAUGAGGAAGAGAGCACGGCAACCCAGGCCCUCUGCACCACAGCGGUCGCCUUCGCCCAUCAAACCCUCGCCAAACCGGGAGACGCUUACAUAUGCACAGGCACAGCGCAUGGUGGAUGUGGAGGUGGAUGGCCGCGUGCACCGGAUUGGUAUCUUCGACAAGCUGGAGGUCAUCACCGACGAUGACCCCACAGCCCAGGAGAUGAUGGAGUGCACCAGCAAUAAGGAGAACACGGAGAAGCCCCAGCAAGCCCCAUUGCGCUCUGCACGGCUCAAAAACAGCCAGCAGAAAAAGAAAGCUGCUUUGAAUGCACAAAAGCCUCAGGCACCCAUAAGCACCCUGCCUGAGCCCAAAUUUCGCACUGUGGAUUAUAACCUUCCAGCUGUACCUCGGAGACCUUCACAAUACUAUAAGUAUGAGGAGAAGACUUCAGAGGAGCUUGACGAGGAGGUGGAGUAUGACAUGGACGAGGAGGACUACGCCUGGCUGGACCUGGUCAAUGAGAAGAGGAGAAGCGAAGGGUUCAGCCAGGUUUCUCCUAACGUCUUUGAGUUCCUCGUGGACCGCUUUGAGAAGGAAUCGUUCAUGGAGAGCCAGGGCCAGCAGGUCCAGCAGUCAAUGGUGGACGAGGACGCUGUGUGCUGCAUCUGCAUGGAUGGAGAGUGCCAGGACAGCAAUGCCAUCCUUUUCUGCGAUAUGUGCAACCUUGCUGUGCAUCAGGAGUGCUAUGGAGUGCCGUACAUUCCUGAGGGCCAGUGGCUUUGCCGUCAUUGCCUACAAUCUCCCACCCAGCCUGCCAACUGCAUCCUCUGCCCCAACAAGGGUGGUGCCGUCAAGAAGACGGAAGAUGACCGGUGGGGUCAUGUGGUCUGCGCCUUAUGGGUCCCCGAAGUGGGUUUCUCCAAUACAGUCUUCAUCGAGCCCAUUGAUGGCGUGGCAAAUAUCCCCCCUGCCCGCUGGAAGCUCACCUGCUACCUCUGCAAGGAGAAAGGCGUUGGCGCCUGCAUCCAAUGCCACAAAGCUAACUGUUACACCGCCUUCCACGUCAGCUGCGCACAGAAGGCUGGUCUCUUCAUGAAGAUGGAGCCCAUCAAAGAAAUGACAGAGUCAGGUACCCCUACCUUCUCUGUGAAAAAGACUGCCUACUGCGGGGCUCACACCCCCAACGGCUCCAUUAGGAGGCCCCUCACCAUAUACGAUGAGACCAAAAACAAAACCAAAAAUGGACUCUGUCAGACGGGAAAAAAACACAGCCGUACGAGACUGAAAAAGAAGCAGAAGAAAUCAAAGAUCAAGAAGGCAGCAGAGCCUGUAGCAGCAGUGCCAGCAAUGUCUGUGCCUAGUUUUCCACCUAAUAGGUUAAACACCAUCCUUAAUCAAGUUUCUCUCCAGAGGAAGAAGGUAUUCGUCGAGCUGGUCUUGAACUACUGGACCCUGAAGAGACAAUCACGGAACGGACUGCCGCUGAUCAGACGGCUCCAUUCUAGCCUGCAGUCCCAGAAAACCGCACAGCCUAAGCAUAGUGAGAAGGAGAGCCGGGCGCUGAAGGAGCAGCUGAAGGAGUGGCAUCGUUUGAGGCAUGACCUUGAGAGAGCCCGGCUGCUACUGGAGCUGAUCAGAAAGAGAGAGAAACUCAAAAGAGAGGAGAUGAAACUGCAGCAGUCAAUUCUAGAACUGCAGCUCACUCCAUUCACCAUUCUCCUAAGGUCUGUUUUGGAUCAGCUACAGGAAAAAGACCAGGCUAAGAUCUUUGCACAGCCUGUUAGCAUCAAGGAGGUGCCUGAUUAUCUGGACCACAUCAAGCAGCCCAUGGAUUUCUCCACCAUGAGGAAACGUAUAGACGCACAGGGCUACAAGAACCUGGAGGAGUUUGAGGCUGAUUUCAAUCUCAUCAUUGCAAACUGCAUGAAGUACAAUGCCAAGGACACCUACUUCUACCGUGCUGCUGUUAGACUGAGAGAUCAGGGCGGGGCCUUGCUCAGGAAGACGCGGCGCCAUGUUGAGUUCAUUGGCUUUGAAUCUGACGGUGGCAUGCAUUCAUCUGAACCUCCUAAUGUUGAGGCAUCUGCUCCAUUCUCCUGGGAAGAGGUGGACCGGUUGCUGAUCCCAGCCAAUCGGCAGCACAUGUCUCUUGACGAGCAACUGAAGGAACUCCUGGAGAAGCUAGAUCUGACCAUGGCCAUGAAGUCCAGCGCCUCACGCAGCAAACGGCUGAAGCUACUGAAGAAGACCAUCAGUGAUGUGAGGAUGGAGAUGAGUCUGAGGAGCAGCCAGCCACUCUCCUCUGAGCAGAGAAGAGCAGCAGUAGAGCCAUCAGUGGCGAACGGUUCAGCAGAGGAAGGCGACAAAUCAAUACCUCCAAAGCUGGAGCCCUCGGACUCCCACCCCCCUCUCGCAAACGCUGACGGGCCGUCUGAGCCCCCUACACUGAAGCCCAUUGAGCCCAGCUUGGAGCAGCCCCGAUCAGGCAAGCUUGAUGAGCAACAGGACGCCUUCCUUUCCCACAAGGAGAACCUCAACGGACACUCGAGAGACCGGCUGCUGCUUGAUGAUGGCGAUGUCAGCGUGGUUGCCACGUCGACCCUGGCCGAGCCCUCCGGUCCAGUAAACAGACGGACGUCAGUGCUUUUCCGUCUGUCGAACGGUUUUGUUCUGGAGCAGCAGAAAGAGCUGAAUCCCAGCAGGCAGCAGGAGCCUCGCCGCAGGUGUGCUUCUGAAUCUAGCAUCUCUUCCAGCGGCAGUCUGCUGGGUGCUACCAGCAGUGUCCCGUUGAGUUUUCCAAAGUGUGGGAAGGGGAAGCCAGCACUCGUCCGGAGAAACACCGUGGAUGACAAAAGUGAACUCAUCGCCUGCAUUGAGACUGGCAACUUCGCCAAAGCUGCUAGACUUGCUGCUGAAGUUGGCAACAGCAAUAUUUGGAUGCCUGCUAAUGCUGCAACAGUUGUUCUGGAACCUCUAAAGCUAGUUUGGGCAAAAUGUAGCGGAUAUCCCUCCUACCCUGCCUUGAUAAUCGACCCUCACAUGCCUCGGGUGGGCUGCCAUCACAAUGGCGUGUCCAUUCCAACCCCCCCCCUCGACGUGCUCAGGAUCGGAGAGCAGAUGCAGUACAAGUCCGAAGAGAAGCUCUUCCUCGUCCUCUUCUUCGACAACAAACGCAGCUGGCAAUGGCUUCCUAAAUCCAAAAUGGUUCCUCUUGGGAUUGACAAGACCAUCGACAAGAUCAAGAUGAUGGAAGGACGCACUUCGGCCAUCCGCAAAGCCGUUCAGAUCGCCUUCAGCCGGGCAAUGAACCACAUGAGCAGAGUUCAGGAUGAGCCCACCAGUGACCUUAGUGACAUCGACUGACCCGCUCAGCGUACAGCUCAGCAAACCUGGGCAUGUGGGCGGAUUUUAAAGCCUUAGUAUUCGUAAUGCCAGGCUGGCACUUACCCAGAGGCGCCUAGGGGGUGUCACACAAAACGGGAUUUCUCAUGUAUAACACUUGCAGUUAUUGCCAGCGAUUACAAAAUUCUAUAUUAAUUAUUUUUCAGUUAUAGGUCAUUGAGACAUGGAAAGUGCAGAGUCUGAACUUUCAAUAUGUAUCACAUUUGGGUUGGUAACUACAAGGUGAGAUAUGAUCAUUUGAAUUCGAUGAAUCCAGUUUAGUGGAUUUUUGCCACUUUUUAAUAUUCAUUCAAAUCAAAUAGUGGAAAAAGGUUAGUCAUAUUAAUGCAAAUGGAAUGUAAAUAUCUAAUUACUUCACUCACUGUUAUUGAAUACAUACCAUUGAAAAGUAGUAACUUUGGGUGAACCAGGCAUCUAAAGCAGACAGUCAGUCCUGUCUAAUGGGAAAGAAAAUAAUGGGCAAUUCUUUUAGACGGCCUUCACUUUGGGCUCAAGUUAUCCAGCUAAACAGAGAAAUCCUGCCUUACGAGAUACCCCCAUGACGUUCUCCUGAGGCCUCUUUGUGAAUCUGUAGUGUGUCUGCUGCCUCUCUGCUCUUUUUCAUCCUCCGCUACGGUGGCUGCUGCUCUGUUGAAUGUGUGGAGAGGUUUGAUCAUUUCUCCUUCACUGUGCUGACUGACCACUGAGUGACCAGUGCCAAUAUCACUGCCACUCUCCACCUCCAUGUCUUUUGCUCUGCCAUUUUCAUUUCCUCCUGACGUUUUCAUUUCCUAUCACGGAAGUGUUCAUCUUAUUUAACAAACUGUAAAUAACUGUAAAUGGCCCCAUGCUAACUUAUUCUGUAGAGUUACUGCAGUGGGUACUGUACAUUAAUUAUUUUUUCCUUUUUUUUUUCUUUUUUUUAAAAAAAGUAGUAUUUAUACUUUUUUU